UUCUCCCGAAUUGGUGAGCGUUUAUAGUUGCCGGCCUGCCGUUUGACUAAAAUGUCUGACGCUUUUCUCGCAGUGGCUCCGUUUGAUUUGGACGAACAUAGGAUAGUGAAAUUAAAAAUAUUGGUAGAACAAAAAAAUCAGGCGUGUAACAUUGAUAAUAUUUCAUCAUUUUUAUCGUCAACAACAUGUACCCAUCGGUUACUUAGCACUCAGCAUGAAAAUCUGAUAUAUAUAUAUUAAGCAUGAAAAAUAAAGUUUUUGUUGAUGCUUGUAGUACUAAUUUAAAGAAUAAUCAUAUGCAUGAUAAAGUAAGGCAUUGUCAAUGACAAAAACAAUGUAGCUGAUCUCCUUGAAGAAGAACCAGAAAAUAAAAGUGUUAACACAAUGUCACAAUCAGAAGAUGCUUAUGCUCCAGAGGAACCAACACCAGACAUUCCAAUAUCUUUACUUGAUAUACAAAUGCCAGAAACACCAGAUAGUACAAAAGGCCAAACUAGCGAUGGAGACACACCUAGGUUGGAGAGUCCCAAGAUGCUCAAGCCUGUGCUAGGAAAAUUACAAGCUAAGAAGAGAUUGAUGGCAUUUGCUAACAAAUUUAAUGUCCCACCAAAACUCCAAAAUAAAUCCAAUCAACUUCAAGCACAUUCUACCAAAGUUUCUAAAUCUAAAAGUAUGCCAAGUGAUAAUAGUAAAUCUUCAAAAAAUGAUUCAAGCGCAAUUGUAAAUGUUGACUCAGACUCUGUACAAUUUCAUAAUCGUCAUUCAAGUGGUGGUAAAUCAAAAAAGAAAACAGAAGAAAAAAUAUUGGCUAUUGAAGAGAUUAGACGAGAAGAAUCUAAAAGUAAAAUGUUACUGGCCGAAGCUAUGGCUGCAGCUAGUUUAGAAGAGGAAAAUUAUGCAAAUAGGAAUGGACAAAAUUUAUUAGAUAAUGUAAAGAUUUUGAGAGAAAGAAGUAGACAAGAUGAUGUUAAUGUCUCUUAUAAAAGUGCUUCAAAGUCUGCAAUAGAAAAUAAAUAUUCAGAGAGAAGGCGAUAUGGAAGAGAAGAACGAAGAGAUAGCUCGAGUAAAGAGUCAAAAGAUUAUAAUGGUAGCAAAGAACGAUAUUAUAAAGUCCCGCGUGAUAAAGAACAACGUAGAAAAGAUAAAGAUAAGAAAGAUGAUAAAGAUAAGCGAGAGAGUAGUAAUAAAUACGAAGAGAACCGAGAUAGGAAAGAUGAAGAAAAAGAUAAAAAGGAUAAUGAUAAAUGGGAAGAUGUACGAGAAAAGAAAGGAAUAAAAGAGAAGAAGGAGAGUCUUAAAGAAAAAAGAAGUGAUUCACAGGAGAAACCUGAAAUUAAAGAUAGAAAAGAAAAGGAGAAAGAUAAAGACAAAGGAAAGGAGAAAGACAUAAUGAAUUUUUCUUCGUGGGUGGAGUUAAAAAAGUGUGGUAUAAUGAUGGACGACAUCAUUGAGAUUAAAAGACGUGAUUACUCGGAACGAUCAAUAAAGAACAGAACAGCCGAGGAUUAUUUACGUCACUUUGAGCAAAUGUUAAUGAUAAACGAUUGUCGUUUGAAACGUUACGCUUUUAUUGCCGAAGGACUGGAAGGUCCUAAAGAGUACCCUCCUGAAUCAGUAAGAGCAACUAAACGAGGAAGGCCUCAAUUAUUUUAUUCUGAAAAUCCUCGUAUGUCGCUUUUCAUCAAUCAUCAGCAAAUUCUUCAAGCAGUUACUGCCGAUCAUCGUGAUAAAAUGCGGAAUAUAUGCGAGACAGACUUUAUACGAAACGAUACGGAAGCAGCGGAAAAAUCUCAAUGUACACGUAACUGGUAUCCAAAGACAGGCAUAUGUAAAUCUGAAGGAAAUGACAAGUGGCAUGUACCAAUUAAUGUACAACUGCCUAGGUCAAAAUGGGAUAGUGAAGAUGAAGACAGAUUAUCCGACACUGAAAAGGAACAAAGAAAUGUAGUGAAAUCGAGCGGCAUGACUUCGAAGCAAGAACCUGAGGAAUUUUCUCCACGGUUAAGUACGAUAGAAGAAGACAUUAAUAAAGACCAGAAAAUGAUCAACGAAGAUGAGGCUUCUAGUGUUAAAAAAAUAGACGACAAUAGACAAUCAACAUCUCCUUUGUUACAAUCUGCAGGCAACGAAAAAUUAGCAUCGGAGUAUGAACAGUUCAUGAAGAUGGUUUGCAGUGAUAUUCCAAUGUCGAAAGAAUUCUCCCCAAAACCAAACAAAGCUUCUGCCUCGACGUUAAGCUAUCAUGAAUUUAAUAUAGAAACUAAUUUGCCGAAUGACAAUAAUUUUUCGUUUGUAGAGCAUAGUAUAUCCGGAAAGUCGGAUAAAAGUAAUUCAAGUAAAAUUGAGGAAAAAUUCAAAUCCAAUGAAAGCCGACAGAACUUGGAAAAUAUUUCGAAGAUCGAGGACGAUCAGAUACCAUCAAGCAGUUCUCAUAUUCAGGUUCAAAAACGCGUAAGAGUAGAGAGUAAAAAUAUACAUGAUAAAAGUGAAUCGGAAGAUUCUAAAUCAAUACCCAGCGAUUGGGAAAACGUUCGAAUUAAAGUAGAACGUAUGAGCGACGAAAAUUCUGAUUCUAAAGAAACAAGAAAGAAAAAAAGACGAAAGAAAGUGACUUCUAGCAGUAGUGAAUCAUCCAGUUCGUCGAGUUCUUCUGACUCUGAGGAAGAAGUAAAAAGAAGGAAAAGAAAACGAAAAAUAUCGAACGAUUCGGACUCAUUAUCGGAUUCAGAUAGCAGCGAUAGUAGUAGUAGCAGCAGUGAUUCUUCUAGUUCCGAUGAUAAACGGAAGAAAAGAAAGAAGAAGAAACGAAAAGCUGAAAAAAGAAAGAAAAAAGCGAAACGAAUUGCAAAGACGAAGAAGAAGAGAAGAAGGAAAGUCAGUUCGGAUUCAAGUAGUAGCGAUUCGUCUGAAGAUAGGAGGAAAAAAAGGGUAGCGACUAGAAAGUCUAAGCAGAAGAAAGAAUAUAACGAUAAACAAGAUAACAGAGAAGAUAUAAUAAAGACGAUACAAAAGUCGCCUUUGGAAUCUUCUUCAUUAGAAAAUGCGAAAUUGGUACGUUCUCAAGUUCCAUUAAAGAAAAUUAAAGAGGAAGUAAAAGUCGAAAAUAGGAAAAGAUCCUCAGAUAAACACGACGUUUGGAACAAGGAUCAGGAAUUGGUCAGAAAGGUGAUUUCCGAUAGCGACAUCCACAAUAAAACCCACAAAGAUGAAGAAAAAAGAAACAAAGUCGAAGAGCGAUACUUGGAAGAGUGGGAAAUGGAUUCCGUGAUCAUGCCGCAGAAAGGAGAAAAACUGUCAAAGAGUAAUGUUGAAAAAGUAGAAAAUACUGAUAUACAAAACAUUCGAAAAAUAGAAAGGAAGGAGGAACGAUGCAAGAAAGAUGACAAGAAUAAAAAUGACGAACGUUUGGAAGAAAAAUGUUCAAGCAUAAGCAAGGAGAUCAUCCCAGGGAGUUUAAAGAUAGAAGAAGAUGUAGAUGGAAAGAAAAAGAGGAAAAGAGAUAAAGAGAAAAAGGACAGCAGUGAAUUUUUAGCUGACUGGAAGAAGGAGAGUGAGCGUAUAUCUCAGCAAAUAAUGCAAGACGAAAUAAAGCUUUCUAAAAAGUUAGACAAACAAAAAAGAGAUAAAUGGGGAGAGACUGAAUUUGAUACUCUGAAUGUCCCAUCGUUAACACAACUUGAAAAGGAAGUAAAUAAGAGACAAUUACUAGCGGACGAAUGGGAAGUUGACAGCUUAGAAGCUGUGUCUGAUUUAAUGAUUAAUAAAAAGAAAACCUCUCGUAUUUCAAAGAAAUUAGAAAAAGAGGUUCGAUAUGAUAAGAAAACAGAUACAUAUAUCGCUAUAGAAAAGGAAACUGUAAAGGAAUGUAAAAAGAGGCAAGAUAGAUUGUCUGCAAUGAGAAUUUGGGAAGAAGAACAAGAAGAAGGAGAGAAAGAAGCUUUGAUGCUCCUGGAACAGAAGAGUAAGAGGAAGAGAGAUGAUUGGGACAUUGAAGAAGAAUCAUUCUUACGAGAAAAAAGUGACAGAAAAGAAAACGUAGAAGACAGCAUUACUAUAAUUGAGAGCAUCCAUAAGGAGGUAAAUGCAGUCAGUAAAAAUGUGGAUGCAUCUAUGAAGCAUGAUGUUGUUACUAGCAAAAAGAGCAAGAAAAGUCGUUGGGAUAUGGAAUCACAGUCUGAAGAAAAAAUAAAGCUUAAAGCUCCUGUUAUGUGGGAGGAAGAGUGUGCAGAAUGGACGAAAGUGAAUAAAUUCGACCACGAUAUUGAGAGAGUAUCUUUGGAAUGCCGUGACCCGAUAUUAGCUAAAACGAAGAUAAAAGACGAGGACGUUUGUAUGGUUGAACAGCAGUUGAGAAAGUCUACAUCUAAGAAUUCAACAAGUGCAGAUAUUAUCGAUUUGUUUCCUAGAAAAUGUCAGGAUAUAGAUUUGUUAGAAUCAUCCUGGACUCCGGAAGAACAUACUAGAUGUAAGUCGCGAAUAAGAAGUUUGGGCAACAGUUCACAGGAGAAUGUGCUCUUUGAUAAGACCAAGGAAUUGACGCCUUCGAAAGAACAAUGUACUGCAGGACAAUUAAAGGAUAUCUUUGAGAUAGAUGUGAAAUUAACGAAAAAAAAUACAGAAUUAUAUAGUCCCAGUUCUCCAGCUGGAUCCCAGAAGUCUGAAGAUAUGGAAAUUUUUAAGGAUAAUCAGGUAAAUCUGAAGGAGAGUCUCCUACACGAUAAACUAAAGAAUGAAAUUCUGGUUAUGUCUGAUGAUGAAUCAGUUCCCAAUAUACCUCUUCAAAUAAAGUAUCGCGAUGGUAAAUAUGCAAAAGCUGCAGUGAUGAAGGAAGAAUUUGAAGAAAUUUUAGGAGUGCAGAAGAUAGAGGAUCAGACUCUUCGAAAGAAAUUCGAUGUGAAAGUAUCUGAAAGUUCGUCUGAAUUUCCAAUCAACGAACCAUACCCAGACACGAACUAUAAAUCAUUACGAAUGGACAUAUUCGCAGGGUAUGAAUCUGAUGAAUCACAUGGAAAAUUAAGCAACAAGAGUUCUGAGGCAAUAUCUUCAUCUGCCAGCGCAAAAGGAACAGAGGAGACUAAUGAAGGAAAAGCAGCACUCAAGUUGAUUCCUAAACAACUGUUAGUCCGACGAAACAAUGAACGCGUGAAGACAAAAAUGAUUUCAGACGAUCCCAUGCAACACGCUGCGGCUCUAUUGACCAUUCAGAAGAAACUUCGAGAGUCGCACUCUGUGAAAAACGAUAUAAAAAACACAUAUUGCGAAGAACCUAAUGAAUUUAGGAUCGAGUGUGAAAAGACAUCCAAUAUACAUGCACCUGUUGCUGAAGUUAUUCCUACGGAACAGACUACUAUUACGGAUGUUAAGGUGGACUCGAAAGACUUGUCGAUAACAGUGAAAACCUCGAUUACCACAAAAUCGGAAUCACCAGGGGCGGUGAAGCUCGAUUUCAAUGAGUACAGGUCUGGGAACAAAGGAACUAAGUUGGAAGAACUUAAAAAGUCUAGACCACGUAAUAGUAAAGAUAUUAGUGACACGGAAUGUCAAGUAAGAUCACCGGGCAGAGAGCAGAAAAAGAAAAGUCCUAGUAGAAAGGGGAAUAGGGAAGAUAAACGAAUUAGUGAUCGUAGCAAAGAAAGAAGAGAUAAGAAAUUUGAUGAUAGAGAAAGAGUAGAUAGGAGAGAUAGUAGGAGUUCGAAACAGGAGUACAAUGAAUGUAGAAGGAGGUUCAGUCCUUCUACUAAUCGCAAUAAAAAACGUACUUCCUGGGAACGGGAAGGAAGUCGUAGCGAAAGCCAUAGCCGCAGUUGGAGUAGAAGUAGAAGCAAAAGUCCAAAGAGAAAGGAAGAGUCGUUUGCAGGCUUUUCUAGUAAAGAAAAACGAUCAAAUAGAAUCGAUGAGGAUAGAUCCAGUAGAGCAAGAAUAGAUGAUAGAAGAGAAAGAUCUAUAAGAGGUUCUCCUAGAUCUAACACUACCCCACAUAAUAAAGAUCAUUUUAAAAAACAUGGACCUAUUAAAGGAGAUCGAGGUGACUGGAAUAGAAAGAAGUACGACUGUAUGGAAAGAGAAAAGGAAGGUAGGUCGUACGAACCAAUGGAAGUACUAAGAGAGAGAAACGUGGAUAUUGAUAGACAUAGAGAGAGUAGAUUUCGCGGAGAUGAAGCAGAUCGGUCACUAUGGCCGUACGAAGCAGAGAACAUGCUUCGGGAUGGAAAUGAGUCCUUAGAUUCCUAUCCCAAUAGUCAAGAUUUAGAUCUUGAUUAUGAAGAGAAAACGUACUACAGGGAUGACAGUAUUGAGAGGGAUAUCAUGGAAGGUCCUUUUCGUCCUUCAUCAAAAUUCAAGCAUAGAAAAAGUAGGCUCAGUACAAGAAGAGACAGACAAUGGGAAAAGGAAAGAGAACCUUUGGAUCUAGAUAGACAUGGACACGUUCGAAGAACGGAUAAAUUACCUCCACCUAGAGGUCGUUCUCCAUUACGGUCGCGAAGAUCACCACGUAGAUCAUCACACGACCGCUUUAGACGUGAAUCUAGAUCGCGAUCGAAAUCAUGGUCAAGAUCAAGAUCACGAUCUAGGUCAAGAUCUAGAUCCAGAUCGCGAUCUCGAUCAACAUCCAGGUCCCGGUCGAUGAUGCAUUCAAGAUCGAGAUCUAGAUCAGGAUCUCGAUCAAGAACUAGGUCUACCUCGGGGUCCAGAAUGAGAAGUCCGGAUCAUUUACGAAUGACGGAACGAUUACGAUCUUCCAGAUCACCUUCCAUGGGACGAGGUAGAGUGAGCGAAAGUUCAAGGGAAAGGAAGGAUGAACACGAUAAUAUGAAACUAUUAGAUAGCUGCACCGAAAGAGGUAGACGAAUAGAAACGAUCGUGCAGUCCGUAUCCGGACUACCUAGGGACUCGACUGUGUUAGACUCGGAAAUGCACAUCGGUGACAAUAUGGAGACAGUUGCAACAAGUUUCCAAUAUUCGGCUGAAAACGAAGUUGGAAACGAAUAUUACUAUACAGAGAAUAACUUGACUUAUCCACCGUGCAUUGAUGACUCAACGGCGAGUUCUCCGAAACGCCUAUCCCUCGACGAUAGGCUAGAACUUGAACUGGGAAUUAAGAAGCAACAGGAUGGAGCAGGAAUAUCAAAUGAUUACGGAGAAAACUUUAAUUCGAAUGUAUGUUAUCCAUCACCACCUGGACAACAGCAGCAAAUGUUAUACCGUCAACAACCUACUGUUUUACAAGUGGGCAAUGUGUUGCAAGUAGUACCUGCAGAUUUCAAUGGUGUCCCAGCAACACACAGAGAGCCGACCAACUCCUCCUCAGCACCAAUUGUACGAGGUUCCAGUCAAGUAGUUCGCGUAGGUAAUGUUCUUCAGGUUGUGCCGACGUCCUUGGAUUGGAGCGGUGGACAGCCUUCUUCAGUUGAUCAAUCAGGAGGGAUGAUGUAUUCCACGACAGUCCCUCAAUCUUCUCCGGUUCCCUCAGUACCUAUAUCUGUACCUGUUCCAGUUCCUGUCCCCAUGCCUGUACCGGCCGUUCCAUCCGCUAUGAACUCAUCGACACCAGUUUCCACUUUGUCCCCAGUUUCAUUGCCUCUUUCCGUUCCUGUUCCCGUUCCUGUUCCUGUCCCUGGCCCUGCUCCUGUGCCACUUCCUGUGACGCAAACGACGUUCCCCAGAGCAGAAGUGACACCGCAGAAAGUACCUGUUCUGCCGGUUUAUAAUUACGAAGUUAUCUUGGAGACUCGUAGAAAAGAACAAGAGGAGCGUAAGCGACUGCGUGAGAUUAGGAGAAAGGAAAAAGAACGUAGGCGAAUCGAACGAAUUAAUCGUCGCGCUCUUCAAUUGUUAGAGAAGAGUAACAUGCGUCAGUCAGAAAACGCAAAUCAGCAGAAGAAUUCAAACCUGGAUCCAUCUGUUUUAAAAGCUCUUCGGGAAAGUGAAGAGCAAGGCGAUGCAGAGGAACAACAAACUUCCUCUACUAUUUUUGAGAAGGAGGAAGAAAUGCCGGUAGUCGCAUCUUCUGCUUCCACAGAAGAAGAGGAGGUACCUGUUGAGGAGGACGAGGAAGAAGAGGAAGAGGAGGAGGCUGAGGUGGAAUAUGACGAAGAAGAAGAAGAAGAAGCGGAUGACGACGAAGAGGAAGAAGAAGAGGACGAUGAAAAGUCACGGUUAAAUAAAUUGAAAAGCGAAAUCGAUGAAACUACAACGGUAACAGCGAUAGAUGAAACAACUAAGGUCCAAAUCGAAACAGAAUCUAAAGGAUGGCCGGAGUUACCCCCACCGCCUUUGAAAGGAAUUUUAGUCGCAUCAGGUUUCAGAAGGACCUCGGUACCUAAUGGCAAUUUGGAUGACCUUUCUACUCCUGAAAAUGAUAACGGAAACAACACGGACAAAGAGGAUAUAGAAAUAGAUAAAAAUGAGUCCAGCAAAGAUGAAGCUGGUGAGAACAAGUUAAGCAAAUUGAAAAAUCAAAUGAAGAAAACUAAAUUAGCGAAAUUAGGAAAACGGAAACAGAGAAGUAAAAAAUCUGUCCAAUUCGCGGAUGGAAUCAAACCUGGAGAAGGUACUAGUCCUAGUGGCGGUGAAGGGGAUAUGCCUUCCCCUCCACCACCCACUACUGUCACUCGAGGUGGAAUUCGUGACGUUCGAAGGUCCAGUUCUAGAAAGAGUAGAAAACAAGAGAAAAGAACACGACCUCCAAAAGCAAAGAAAAAAGUGAAGGUGAAAAUCAUAAAACUGAAGAAGCCCCGUGUCACUCCAUUAACGGCGAUGAUGAUGAAUGAUUCGGACGAAUUAGAUGAUCGUUCUCCGCCACCGCCACCUCCAGGGUCUCCUCCACCGCCGCAUCUUUGGCCAAGUUAUCUUUCCGCUUACAACGCUAACAACCGUACUAGUGAAGCUCAAACAACAGCUGCUGCAAUUUCGAACAAUGUUCAAGCUCCUCCACCACCUACACCGCUGCCUCUCUUAGUUCCUCCUCCUCCUUUGAAUUACACGAUACAACCUUGCAGCAAGGCGUAAGGCUUUUAUGUAUUUUAGAUAACAUUAUUCUAUGCUAAAGUGUAACAAUCGUAGGUGUUAAACUUGUAAAGUGAACGUUAUAUGAACUCUUACUUCCCAGUGAAGUCACAAAGAAUGAGAAAGAGAAGAAUGUGCGUGGCCUUGAUAUAAAGGCUUUGUGAAAUCGUUGAAAUUUUGCACAGGACUUAGACGCAAAAAAUAAUGUAUUAUUAUUAGUAACAAAUUCAUCAACAAUUUGUUUUUUGUAAAUAGCUUCAUUUUUCGUGACACAAUUAUUAGUCGCUCUCGAAAUGAAAAGAAUUCGCGUACGACUAGUGUUCCAUUGCGUCCACGUCCCUGCAACGCGUUGCGUUUAUAUAUUUUUCGAUACGAAGAAAGAAAUAGUCGAGGAAAAAAGAAGAGUGAGAUACAGUGGAAAAUUGUAACACAUGAGACAAGUACAAUUUAUCCGAAACACUUUAAAGAUCAAUUGUUAACAACAAUUAUAUUAUUGAAGAUGUAAGGUAACAUAAGAUAUGAAUUUAUCAUUGUAUAUUUUAUUUCUAUAGUGUAUCGGUUAUUUUUGAUUUAGGCAUAAUUUUAACAAAAAAAGGGGUCUUGUGCAGUUUCUUCUUUCUUUUUUGAGUUAAGUACUUUUAAUUAUUCGAGCUCAUUUUAUUAAUGAGAUAAUGAAAUUUGUACAUAUAUACGCGAGGAAAUAGAUGUAAUUAGACCAAAUUUCAUAUUAACCGACGAAUAAGGCAAAUAAACAAGAAAAUUAAGCUGAACUUGGUUAACUAUUCUCUCUGAAUUUCUAACAUUUAUUAUACAUAUCUCGGUAGAUCAUUGUUUAGCGUGCGAAGAUCGUAAUUUCUUUUUAUGCUGUAAACAAAUCUUUCCCUUUUUGGAUUAAAUGAUGUUUCUCAUCUUUAAUAAGGAAAUGUUAACUGCCCGUAAUAUCUGAAUUACUACAAUAACUUUUGGAAAAGUAUCGAUUUGUAACAAAUAAACGUAAUUCUUUUAAUAA